AUGUUCAACGCCAACGCCGACGGCCCCAUAGUCGCCGACAUCCUCUCCAAAACCCGCCUAGUAAACACCUACGCGUCGCUAACCCGCGAAUUCGAGUCCGCCCUCUCGCACAUCAACAACCCCUCUAAGAACGUCACAAUCUUGGCCCCGCGCAACUCCGCAAUCCAUAAACUGCCACAUAAGCCCUGGGAGAAUCCCGAGGAUUAUGAGCGGUUGGGUGAGGUAAAGGCGUAUGAGGGGAGGGAGGGGAAGGAUCGGGCGCAGGGGAAUUUGAAGAGGUUUGUGGAGGCACAUAUUGUGGGUGUUUGUCCGUGGAGGGAGGGGGAGGAGGCUGAGACGCUUUGCGGGAAGAAAGUUAGGUGGGUGAAGGAGGGGGAUAAGACGGUGAUUGAGCCUGGGCAUAUUGAGGUAGAUUAUGUUGCUGAGAAGGUGUCUAAUGGUGAGGUUUGGGUCCUCAAUGGGGUUCUUGACCCUCGUUAG